AUGAUCACUUCCGGACUCAUAUUCUUUAUCAUUCCAACGAUCGUACAAUGCGUUAACGUCGAAAACGCGACAUGCCAAUCGUCUGGUACUGUUUUGAAAGAUGCCGAUGAUUUCGAACAGCGUGCGGUGCAAGUGAAGUUAAAGUCGUCCAGUUGCCAGUUCUUCCCGCGUCUCUUGGACAGUUUGAAACAAUGGAAGAAGCGAAGAAAAUGUUGUGGUUUUGUGAAUGCUCUACGAAAGACUGAUAAGUUGAUACUGAAAAGAAGCGCAAGUGGAACGGUAGAGAUUGAAAUUAGUGAGCUAAGUGAGAAUAGUUCUUUAGUGAAAAGUUUCAAGCAGCGGUGGCCCGUUGGGAAUUGGCGGAAGUGGUUGUUCACUGAUGAUUACCUGCUUCUGAUCAACCGACACUGGCUUCAGUUUUCCCCGCCAGACCCCCUGAGCCAGUACGCGCUUGGAGCACUGUACGUGGUUAUGGUGAUUGUGGGGUGCACAGGAAAUGCCAUUGUUCUUCUUAUGUAUUUUAAAUGUCGAUCGCUGCGGACCCCGGGGAAUAUCCUGGUAGCGAAUUUAGCGCUCAGCGAUUUCCUCAUGCUGGCCAAAGCUCCUGUCUUCAUCUUCAACUCUUUCAAUCUCGGGCCUGCCUUGGGAAAAACGGGUUGCUUAAUUUAUGGUUUCGUCGGUGGACUGACUGGCACUACGUCGAUUGCCACGCUGUCCGCCAUCGCUAUGGACCGUUACUGGGCAGUGGUGCGGCCGCUGGAAGCAGUGCGGGCGCUGACCGCCAUUCGAGCGCGGUUGCUGGCUGUCGGCGCCUGGAUCUACGCAUGUAUCUUCUCCAUCAUACCAGCACUUGACAUCGGUUACGGUCGCUACGUCCCCGAGGGAUACCUUACCAGCUGCAGUUUCGAUUAUCUGACAGAAGAUGCACCACCCAAAUAUUUCAUUUUCGUGUUUUUUUGUGCAGCCUGGCUGGCGCCCUUCUGCACUAUAUCAUUUUGUUACUUAAGUAUAUUUCGUGUAGUAGCUUUCGACAGAAAUAUUGCCACCAAAAAUCAGGAGCACCGACUCUCUUCACGUCAUGUUAAAGAACAGGCCAAGCGAAAGGCUGAAAUAAAACUAGCAGUUCUUGUUAUAGCUGUUAUAGCUAUGUUCUUUAUAUCAUGGACACCGUACGCCGUGGUCGCUCUGUUGGGUAUAUUUGGCAGGAAGGAUCUGAUUACGCCCUUAUCUUCCAUGAUACCCGCAUUGUUCUGCAAAACGACCGCAUGCAUAAACCCAUUCAUUUACAUAAUUACUCAUCCAAAAUUUCGAAAGGAAUUUAAAAAAAUGCUAUACAUGGACAAGUCCAAACGUAUGAAUACUAUGAAGACGCUUGGCUAUGUAACGGAGGCUACGACUAAGGGGCACAGGCCUAGCAAAGACUUGAGCGAUACAGACGUAGAGGUGGUCGAGAUGAAAGAUAUACCAUACCAACACGGAGACACAAAUGACAAAAGCGCAGCACUUAAAACUGUGUCGUCGCGGGUGCUGGAGCGCGAGAGCUCGCAGAGCAUGAAGAGCUUCGAAGAGAAUGUUGUCAGCCCGCCAUCGUGGUACGCGAAACCGCAGUUCGCUAAAAAGAAAAGCUUCCAUAGAAGCUCGUCCAGAAGUGUCGCAUCGCACAUUGAAAUAAUUUAGUUUAGUAAGCAAUAAUUAAAUACCUAGUAUAAUAAUUAUUAAUUCAAUAAGAGUGAUAAUUGUUUAAAACACAUGAAUCUAGUCAAUAAGGUUUCAUGUUAAGCGCAACUGCACUGCAAAAAUUAUAUCAAUAUGAUAUAAUUUUUAUGUAGGCAUCACUUUUAGGAAUUCACUAGUGAUUUCAUUGUUAUUUAAUGCUCGAUUAUUAUUAC